GCAUCGUUACAUCAAAACAAACAUCCAAUCAUGAUAGUCUUACUAUCAAUCGUGUUGCCUUUGAUUUUCUACGCCUUCUAUCUCUUUACCACGCGAAAAUUUCAAUAUUGGGAGAAAAAGAAAGUGCCAUAUAUAAAACCGGUUCCUAUCUUCGGGAAUUUCUCCGAAUACAUUCUACAGAAGAAGUUCAUCGGAGAAGUUGUCAAAGAAAUAUGCCAGAAAUUCCCCAACGAACCAUUAAUCGGUGCCUAUUAUGGCACAGAACCAACGUUGAUCGUCCAAGAUCCCGAACUCAUCAAGCUCGUGAUGACAAAGGAUUUCUACUUCUUCAAUGGCCGUGAAGUUUCUGAUUACUCUCAUAGAGAAUUGUUCUCACGUAACCUUUUCGCUACACACGGAGACCAAUGGAAGGUGCUGCGUCAGAAUCUGACCCCGUUGUUCUCUUCCGCUAAGAUGAAGAACAUGUUCUAUUUGAUUGAGAAGUGCUCUCUUGUGUUUGAGAAAGUUCUUGACAAGGAAACACAAAAAUGUGAUGAGAUUGAAGUGAGGGCUCUAAUGGCUGCCUACACUAUGGACUGCAUCGGCUCCUGUGUGUUUGGUGUUGACACGAACGUGAUGGAGAAAAAAGAGAAUAAUCCCUUCAAAAAUGUUGGUGAUAUCAUCUUCGAAGCUAACAAACUCAGAGCGUUAAAGUUAGUUGCUCGGUCUAUUUGGCCAGCCAUAUUCUUCGGGUUGGGAUUUAACACACAACCCGCAGAAGUCAAAAACUUUUUCACAAACUUAAUGACCGGUAUUUUUAGCGCACGUCAAUACACGCCGACGAACAGAAAUGACUUUGUUGAUCUCGUAUUAAAACUGAAAAACAACAAAACAAUGGUAGGCGACAGUUUUAAUAACGUGAAGAGCGAUUCAGCGGCGAAAGUGACGCUCGACGUGGAUGAUGAACUUUUAAUAGCUCAGUGCUUUUUGUUCUUCGCUGCAGGAUAUGAAACCUCAGCCACCACAUUAAAUUAUACCUUGUAUGAAUUGGCCAAGAAUCCCGAAGCUCAAGAAAGGGCUUUAGCAGAAGUGGAUGAGUAUCUGCGUCGUAACGAUAAUAUGUUGAAGUAUGAAUGCGUCGCGGAGACUCCGUAUCUUGAAGCGUGUACAAAUGAAGCUCUUCGGCUGUACCCAGUGCUAGCAAUACCGACUCGUGAAGUAAUGGAUGACUAUACUUUCCCUUCAGGGCUGAAGGUUGAGAAAGGUCUUCGAAUACAUCUCCCAGCAUACCACUUGCAACGUAGUCCGGAAUACUUCCCGGAUCCAGAGAAGUUUCAGCCAGAACGAUUCCUUCCUGAAAAUAAACAGAAUAUAAGACAGUACACGUACUUCCCUUUUGGUGAUGGUCCAAGAGUCUGUAUUGGUAUAAGAUUUGCAAGAAUGCAAAUGGCGGCGGGUCUGAUCACUUUGCUGAAGAAGUAUCGAGUGGAACUGGCUCCAGGGAUGAAGAGAGAAGUGGUCCUCCAGCCUACAUCUGUAAUCACUCAGCCUAUUGGUGGAAUCAGGCUUAAGUUUGUGGAGAGAGAGAAUUGGGAGCAAAGAUUGCUGAAAUCAUCUUGAAUCAUAAUCAUCAUCAUUGUUCUGUUUUAUCCCAGUUUUUUAUUUGUUCUCCUUUUUUCAUAAAUGUGAUGUUAAGUCAGUUUGAGAAAUAUAAAUGUUUCAUGCA